ACGUCUCUCAUCUGUGGCCUCGACAUCAUCAAACUUUGCACUCAGCCUCUUUAAUCUUGGCGAGCGCUUUUGAUCGAACAAACCCGUCUACCAAAAAACCACUUGUUUUCUUCGAUAAUUCUCUCACGACUGAACCAUGGCUGAAGUUCUUGCCGAGCAGCCAGACCUCUCCAGCCUGACCGGCUCCCCUGGUCAGAAGCGGAAGCGCGAAUCCGGCAGUCCUGAUCUCGCCAGGAAUAAACGCCCUGCCCCAGCUGCCCACAUGUCUGCCGACCCCGCCUCCUUCAUCGACAGUGCCAUGGAGAGCCAGGCCGUCAACGCGAAUGGCGUCAACGUCGCCGAUUUCAACGCUCUGCAGCAGGCCGCCCAAGCAGAUCACGACCACCCCGAAGCUCCGGAUCCUACCAGUGCUACCAGCACCGCACAGGCUGCCCUCGGCAUGUAUCCCACCCUGCAUGUUCCACCCUCGACAGAAGAGCAAUUUGCAGCCCAGGCAGCCACUGAUCCUGAGCAUGGCCAUGAUCCAGCUUUCAACCCCGAUGUGACACCUACAGUUGACAGUAUUAUGGAGCCUCCUCAAGUCGCCCCUCCUCAGCAUCAACAUACACCACCCAAUGGUGUUCCGCAUCAGCCACCACGAUACAAUCCCGCAGCCCCCAACCCCAAACCAACAGUCGGAUCAGAAGAAUGGCACAAGAUGCGAAAGGACAACCACAAAGAAGUGGAGCGUCGCCGUCGGGAAACCAUCAACGAAGGUAUUAACGAGCUCGCUAAGAUUGUCCCUGGUUGUGAGAAGAACAAGGGUUCCAUUCUACAACGGGCAGUCAGCUUUAUUUCCCAGCUUAAAGAGAACGAGCAACAAAACAUUGAGAAGUGGACGCUCGAGAAGCUUCUCACAGAGCAAGCUAUCACAGAGUUGAGCGCUUCCAACGACAAACUCAAGCAGGAAUGUGAGCGUCUGUACCGCGAGCUCGAGACUUGGAAGCGAGUGGCACAAAAUGCAGGCCUCGAGCCUCCACAGCCCAAAGAGGAGAACACAACUGCCAAUGCAUCGAGCUAGAAGCACUAUACAGCGUUGGCAUUCUCCCCUACCUCGGACUUACCUUCUUCAUAACGUAUACCCCUGCCUAAUCCCGUCUAGCAAAUGUUCCCUCGGUGAAUAUUUGUUACUCAGCUCGGUUGUGUUUUUGCAUGUUAUUUUGUUUUUAUUUGUUCGCGGGAU